CCCCAUGGGACCUGCCGAUUAACUAGUUAUAAUCCCACGAAGAUUUGUCGAAAAGUCCGUAGGCUUAGCAUAAAAAAGCUUAAAACUGAAGAUUUGACCCUGUCACCCUUAUCCGAUAAAGCAGAAAUUCAUAAACCUGUAUCUGCUGUCGUUAUUUGCAAUGAAUAAUCUGACUGGAGAUAUGAUAAGUGAAUUUCUGGGUUAGUCUAGUUAUGCCUCGUGGAUUCUCUGGAGUUCUGAUAUCACUGUGAAUGUAUUUUAGAAAAAAAACCAGGCGGUUAUGGUCGAAGCGCACGUCACAUGUAUUGACUUCAAAAUUUGCGGAGCCCAGAAUUAGAAUGCCCAGAAUUUUUUGUGUUUUGAGAGAUGGAAACAGAUAGCAGGAAGCUGGGGCUGUUGAUAGAGGCCGCCACAAGUUCUCCUGCAAAAGAUCUUGAUCCUCAUCGCAUUCAAUCCAUCAAGAAUUUAGUGCGCUGUUCAGACUCAAAUGUCAGCGCUGCAGUCCGCUUUCUCAUGGAUAGAAUGAACAAAAAUCAUUCCCAGGUGCGUUUUCUGGCCUUGCUAAUAACUGACGAAUUAUUCAGUCGGUCAAAGUUGUUUCGAAGCUUGUGGGUGCAGAACUUUCCCCGUUUUUUAUUACUCAGCGUGGGGUUUCGCAGAGAGCAUCCUCUGCCUUGUCCUGCUGACAGAGCAUCCCUUUUGCGCUCUAAAGCAUUGGAAGUACUCGAAAUUUGGAAUAAAAAAUUCGGGCAUUAUUACAAACAAUUGCGUUUAGGUUAUCACUACUUAAAGAAUACUCUGCGUCUGCCCUUCCCCAACCCUAACCCUAACCCUAACCCUAACCCUAAUUUAACCAGGGAGUCGGACCUAAGGGCUGCUCGCACCCAGGAACUACUAAGAAGUAAAUUUGAAACAUUAAGGCAGAAUUUUGAAAAUUAUAAAUCUGAGAUUCAGUCCACCAUUGACGAAAUCAACGAGUGCUGUGAAAUCCUUUGUAAGAAACAACAAGAAGAGGAGAAGAACAAGGAACCUGAAUUUGAGGAAUUUGAAUAUGGAUCUGCAUCUUCCCUCAGUCUGAGAAGAAUCAGAGAGGAAGCCAUGAAUGCGGGAGAAACCCCUGUUGAAAACCAAGACAAUGAAGCCGUGUUUGAUGUUGUCAGAGAGCUUUACAAGCUCCUGAGCACCAAACAUAUGAUUGCGAUUCAGGAUUGGCUGUUUGUUCUCAUGAGGGUUGACUUGGCUGAUAAUAGGGUUUCUGAAUCUAUGCUGAAAGAGGUUAUUGACCUGCGCACUGUUGUUCUUUCUGCAAGAGCUAAAUGUGAAAAAGUUGGUUGCCAAGCAACUUCUGAGGAGGAUGACGUCAUAUGGGAGGAGGGAGCAAUUGGAAAUUCUUAUAAUUCCAUUACAAUGUCGACAUCUACAUCUGCCUUACCAGAUGACAAGAUCAAAGUUUGUCAACAUGACAAGGAUUGUGGUUUCCAUGAUGACAAAGGUCAGACUAAGGCUCAGGUUCGAUCUUUGAACACUCAGGCAAACACAAUUCAAGGGGAUUCUUCAGGAGCUUCUACCUCAAUGAAGCAAAAACUUGCACAGGAAGCACCUGUUCUACCAUGGGGUUCUUACCUAGAUGCGUGGGGGUCCAACAGUGCUAUUCCUGUAAAUCAAAGGGGUUUAGAAAUUGAGAACCAUUGGGGUAGAGUUGACAUGGAUGCUGUUAUUCCUCCUGAAAGAGCUUCAGAAUUUAAUAUCCGGGCAGUCUAUUAUGAGGAUCAGCAACAUGAAAUUCAACCUUGUGGAGCACCUUUAAGAAAAGGAGGAUUCUGUCAGAGGCGGGAUCUUCGUGUUUGCCCAUUGCAUGGGCCUAUCAGGCAGCGGGACUCCAAUGGGAAACCAAUUGAUGAGAAACCAGAUUCUUUGAUUUCUCUCACGCAGCAGGAUGCUUCACAAACAGUAGGAAACGGUGGUGGAAAUGGUGGUAAAAGAAAGAGUACUGCUUUAAUGUCUCAAACAGAGGAUAUUGAUGAGCUCUCAUCUCAAUUGAAAAGCAGCAUUUCAAAGGAGCAAAGUAUCCGACUGAUUGCAGCUCAGGCACUUGAUAAUGUGAGAAGUAGAGAAGAAGCAAAAGAACACAAACAGACAAAGUGCAGAGAAGCAAAGCGUGCCAAACUCACAAAGGUUAGAGAACACAAUGCUUCAGUUCUAAGAAACUCUUCUAUAUCUUCCACUUCACAAGGUCUUGGAGAGGCAAUUGGUGAAGAUUUGGAAGGAUGGAUUGAUAAUCCCAAUAAACAAAAAAGACAAAAACAAUCCCUAUCAUCUUUGUUGAAGAAAAAACCAACGGUAAAGGACAGGCUAGCUCAAAAACUUUUGAAUUCGAGAGUAAGUGACGCAAGUAUCAGACAACUGACGAAAGAUGAACACGCAAAUUACAAGGAAUCUUUUGCUAACCAGUGGUAAUAAUGCAGUAUUCAGAGAAAACAGGUCAAGAUGAAUUGAUUGGUUUCACUGCCAUUUGGUGAUGUCAUUAUGUGAUACAAUCCCAAUAAUUAUGAAGCAAGGUUGGUUGUGUUGUUACAAAUUGUUUUUUCAUGUAGCUGCCAAUUUCCACGAUCACUAGAUUUAUCUAUGUAGUAAAUCUUUAAGCAUUUUUCAGCCACUAUACUGUCAUUUGAUACAGUAAUUCUUCCCAUCUCAAUUUAGGGAUUUCCCUGAAGUUUAGAUUUAACUCAAUGAUGUUCUUCAUUGAGAUGAUACUUUUAAGCUCACUCAAAUAGCAGAAAUUGUACUGGAUCAUUUAUAUUGUUCAUUUGCAGAUAUUAUAAGUCAGUUAUUUUUUGAGUCCAUCUAUUAAACUGGAAUAAAAUGCAUGGCUGGAACAAAGACAAGGCCAUUCGGCAACAAAUUUUUAGCA